CUUCGCAACGCCAUUCGCGGAGAGUGCUGUGCAGCUUUGCUAAAAAUAAUGCCCUAUUAAUUUUAGUUCUAGAGAGAGUCAUUUAGUGCUUCUGAUAUUAACCGAGCAAGACAUAAUGCCUCGGAGGAGGAGCUUCAGUCUCCGCUCUCACGGUGACAGUCGGACAAGCCCUACUGAGGAGAGAGAGCACAUUCUCGGCCGCUUGUCUGAUAGCCUUGCUCCAGCAGAAGACACAGUAUCGGAUGAUGACAGUACUUACUAUACAAAUGGCCCUAGUGGCAGUGCCGCCGCGUCCUCUUCUCCCUAUGUGCAAACACGCAGCUCAGCAUCAUGGGUCUCUUCCUUGCGCAGCCUUCUCAAGAGGCUGCCUAAGUCCCCCACCAAGCACGGACAAGCUGCAGAGCCGGUCACUCUAGCAGGUAUAAUAGACGACACAGUGCCUCAGAAUGAGGAGGAACUCAAUGCGUUUCUUGAUGAUGUAUGGCGGAAGAACCUCGCUGAUAGUCCACACACCAGCUCCUCUCCGGGUCCUGUCUCAAACUAUAGCAAAAGAAUAACAGAGCUCAAGGAUUUAUUCGAUUGCAAGAUGGCUGAGAUCUCGCAAAGAGAGGCCACCUACAUUAAUGAACUAAUGUCCUGUGACGAUACUACCCCUCUUAUCACAGCCUCGCAAAUAGCCUCAAUCGACGAGGAAUUGCGAAGGAUGAUGUUGGAAUCUAAACUCAGCUACAAGUUUGAUAAGUUACGCUUGAGAUUGAAGCAAGAAGUGGCGCAGACAGUGUUAGGCCUUCAGUCAGAGUACAUCCAAGCAGGACCACCUCAGAAAAAUCAGAGAUUGAAAUCCAAAGCAACUAAACUUUUGAACGAAUGGUUUGACUUUCACCUUGACAACCCGUACCCUAGCGAGGCAGAGAAACAGCUACUGGCUUAUCAGUGCGGGAUAACAGUGGAGCAACUGUCAACGUGGUUCUGUAACAAGAGAUCACGGAGUAAGAAGAUGUUAGCCCUCCACGGAAGACAGAGCAAGACACUAUGAACUGACUAGCAAGUUUUGUACACAAGUCAUGUGUCAUGUUAAUAUUUUCACAGUGUUUAUAUUUUUUGUAAUAAUACACUUUUAUAGAGAUUUUGUUUUGUACAACCAAUGACACAGUAAUUAUACAAAGUAGCAGAAUAAUUAUUUUCCUAUACAAAAAUCCUUAAACACAACAUCA